AAAUUAGAAUAAUUGGUAUUAAAAACCAUCAUUUUUGGAGCGAGAUGCACAUCGGUCUGUCUGACCCAUGUUGAAGAAGAAUCAAAAAGAGGGCAAAACCAGACCCAAAGAUGAUAAUUGUUGACUUAAGAUUGUGAUUGUUCUUCGAUAUUUCUGCCUUGCAUGACUAAAGCGGUUGAUGGCCAACAAUGAUGCUGGGGAUCAAAUCAGUUUUAUCCACAUAUGAAGACUUACAUAAUCUAAUCUCUUUUCACUUAACGAUUGAUUUUGCUGAAUCAAGACAUUGCUGUUAUUAGACAAAAGGCGUUACUAUUAUUGCCAAAUUCUGUUGUCACAGAAAACAUCUGUCAGGAACAAAAAGUUUUCCAGAGGAAGUUAAUAAGCAGGUUGGGCUUAGAUGCGAACAUCUCAGAAACACCACAGGUCGAAUGAUCAACCUGUUAAGGAAAUUGAUCCAUUUUGUUUGCCUCAUAUCCAGAUAUUAGACAACAAUGUGUGCUCAGAUAUUUGCAGCCAAGGAACCAGUGUCUCCUUUCAAACCUACAAGGACCAAAUUUUUACCCUGGAAUCAUCCACAGCAACUGCUGGUUUUGUUGCCUAUGAUUCCCCUUCGGCUGUAAGCAUCUCAUCAAGCAGGAGUCCUUUCUCCCCACAAGGUUCUCAAUCAUGCCUAUCUGAUCCUCAUCAUUCGCCUGACAAUACUUAUGGAUCACCAUUUAGUGGAUCUUCUGUUGUUGAUGAUAGCAAUGAAUUGAAGCACAAGCUGCGGGAGUUGGAAAUUUCCUUGUUGGGGCCUGAAUCAGAUAUCAUAGACAGCUGCAAUUGCUGCUUCACUAGUGGCGCCCACCAAGCUGCUUCGAUGGCUAGCUUGAAUUUCAAUCAACUGGUGGACGUGAUCCCUAGAUUAGACUUGAAACAGGUGCUCAUUGCCUGUGGUCAAGCACUUAAUGACGAUGAUAUGUCAACAGUGGCUGGUUUAAUGCAUGUAUUGGAGAAAAUGGUUUCAGUGUCUGGGGAACCAAUCCAACGAUUGGGUGCAUAUGUGCUGGAAGGGCUUAGAGCAAGGUUGGAAUCCUCUGGAAGUAAUAUCUACAAAGCCUUAAAAUGCAAAGAACCAACAAGCACAGAAUUAAUGUCUUACAUGCAUAUUCUCUUCAGGAUCUGCCCAUACUGGAAGUUUGCAUACACAUCAGCUAAUGUUGUUAUCAAGGAAGUCAUGGAAUAUGAACCAAAAAUUCACAUCAUUGAUUUCCAAAUAGCACAGGGUACCCAGUGGAUGUACCUUAUUGCAGCUCUUGCAAAACGCCCUGGUGGGCCCCCGUCUAUCCGCAUAACUGGUGUCGAUGAUUCUCAGUCAAAUCAUGCUCGAGGUGGGGGACUUAAUAUUGUGAGGCAGAAGCUAUCAGAAUUUGCUGCAUCGUACAAUGUGCCAUUUGAGUUUCAUGAUGCUGCUAUGUCUGGUUGUGAGAUUCAACUAGAGCAUCUUAAGGUUCGACCUGGGGAAGCCCUAGCUGUGAAUUUUCCAUAUGUAUUGCAUCACAUGCCAGAUGAGAGUGUAAGCACCUGGAAUCACAGAGAUCGAUUGUUGAGGUUGGUAAAGAGUUUGUCACCUAAGAUUGUGACUCUUGCUGAGCAAGAGUCUAAUACCAACACAUCUCCAUUCUUUUCAAGGUACCUUGAGACACUGGAUUAUUACACUGCUAUGUUUGAAUCCAUAGAUGUAGCUUGUCCAAGAGACGACAAGCAAAGGAUCAGUGCUGAACAGCACUGUGUGGCUCGUGAUAUUGUGAAUAUGAUUGCUUGUGAGGGGCCUGAGAGGGUGGAAAGGCAUGAACUUCUUGGAAAGUGGAGGUGUAGAUUUAUGAUGGCUGAUUUUUCUCCAUAUCCAUUGAGUUCCUCAGUUACUAUGGCUGUAAGAGAUCUGUUGAAGGAGUAUGACAAUAACUAUAGACUUGAGGAUAGAGAUGGUGCUCUCUAUCUUGGCUGGGUACACAGAGCUAUGGCGACCUCUUCCGCAUGGAGGUGAAAUCCUGAUACGAAUAGUGAUUGCUCCAUGAAUUCUGCCCAAAUAUUUUUUUUUUGGUUUUCUCUUUUAGAGCAUGAGCCUUUAGUGUUUUGUAAAUUUAUAGAAUAUGAGCUUAGUUUUCUUUUGAUAGCAUUAGUCGAGGGACUUGAAUUGCAAAA